UAAAUACCUAAAAAAAUUAAAGAAGCCAAAGGCUACAAGCUAGCUUUGCUUUUAUAAGAGUGUAGAUGAUCUCUUUAUGCACGUACCUGUAAAUGUUAAAAUUGAGUAGCACGACGUAGGGGCGCAAAGAUCAUCUGAUGGUGGUGCAGAUGAAGGCGUCUGGUGCUGGUGGCCGGCGCCGGCAGAGGUGGCACAGAAAGAGGUUGAAGGAGGAGGAGGAGGUGGUGGCCGAGACACAGAGGAUGAUUCACAUUGCGGUGGAGCGCAACCGCCGGAAGCAGAUGAACGACUACCUCGCCGUCCUCCGUUCACUCAUGCCGCCCUGCUACGUCCAAAGACCAUGUCUCAAGGUUGAUCAAGCGUCCAUCGUCGGAGGAGCGAUCAGCUUCGUCAAAGAUCUCGAGCGAUCAGUCGAAUUCCUGGAGGCUCAGAAGCGGAUUAAGCACAAAUCUGAUGCAACCGCCGGCGAAAACAUGGCAGCGGCCUCCGACGUCGAGGUCAGCCUCCAGGACCGCCAUGCCAACGUCAAGAUUUUCUCUCGGCGUAGGCCGAGGCAGCUGCUGAGCCUGGUGCUGGCCUUCCACACUCUCCGACUGACGCCGAUCCACCUAAACGUCACCACCAUCGACGCCAUGGUCCUCUACGGCUUCAAUCUCAAGGUGGAAGAUGAUUGCCAUUUCACAUCAGUGGAUGCAAUUGCCACUGCAGUUCACCAAAUCAUUGCAAGGAUCCGAGAGGAAUUAAGCUGAUGGAUCAAUAUAAUAUUGCAAAUUGAUACCGAUCUUUCGAAUUUCUAUCAUACUCUAUUUUCUAUGUUAUUAUUUCAGAUAUCUGUUUGUUAUAUAUGUUCCUGUUGAUGAAAUAUUUGGCUUCGAGUAAUUAAAACUGUAUUAAAAAAGUUGGUCCUCUGAAAUUAAUUUAUACAGUAGAUCAGACAAAUCUGGAGAGGAUGAAAUCUUGGAAUUAAGGAUGAUGAUCCAACAAUGCACCUGAGACCUGAGAGUUAUGACAACUGAUCAUCUUUCUGUAAGGAGCAAUUAUUGGAGGACAGAUCAGUUAUAUGUCCGAACGUGAUCAUCCAUCACUGUCCUCAGUAAUAGAGUGCUGAAUAUGCUGUGCGAGAUGUUCCCUCAUGAUAGUACAUUGUUAUAUGAUUUCUAGGGUCGAAAUUUAAUUACGCGUCUGAG